AUCGAGAACAAGACUCCAGCUCCCAGCAAGCCUUGCGGUUUUCUACAUGUGGAGCUGUAUAGGUUCGUGGUACCAUGUCUGUGUUUAUGGACCUAAACGUGAUGUAUUCGUCUAAUAUAAAGCAAUUGCAGAGUUUGGUGGAAACAGCUGCUCAUCUUGGAUAUUCCACGGUCGCCAUCAACUAUGUGUUUGAGCUCGUAGCCAAGAAGAAACAGGAAAUUCCCUCACCAAAGCCGAUCAAUGAGAUCUUUGAUAAGCUGCCCAUGGUGCAGGGCCGUUCUCGUCCAAUCAGAGUGCUGAACAGACUGACGCUGGUGAUGUCUGACGCCAGUCACUAUCCGACCAACUCUCCAGCUUUUCGAUUUUUCGACCUCAUCGCCCUCCAUUCAAGCUCUGAGAAAGUCUUCCAUGCAGCUUGCACGUUGUACGAUAUCGACAUCAUCUGCAUCCCAGUGACAGAGAAGCUACCCUUUUUCUUCAAGAGAGCGCCGAUCAAUGCGGCCAUCGAGAGAGGCGUGGCAUUUGAGGUAUCCUAUGCUGCAGCCAUCAGAGACUCUACCAUGAGGCGCUACACCAUCGCCAACGCCGUGUGCCUGAUGGAGAGCUGUAAAGGGAAGAACGUGAUCCUGUCGAGUGCAGCUGACAAGUCUUGGGAGCUCAGAGGACCAUAUGACAUUGCCAACCUAGGUCUGCUGUUUGGUUUGUCCAACCGAGAUGCUAAAGAAUCUAUCUCGUCCACCUGCAGAUCUGUUUUACUGCGUGCGGAAACCAGGUCGACAGCCAGCGGCAUUGUGCACACCUGGAAAACCCAGCAGGAGGCGCUGCAGGACUCUGCAGACAGUGAAGCUCCUGCUGCCAAAAGGAUGAAACCCUCUGACAGCUGAGGAGGCGGGGCCUUCCUAAAAGCAGCUGAAUCAAUUAACAGUUUAAAUUAAAAUGUCCCGUUUUGACUCUUCAUAAAUGGAAGAAUGUGAAUGUUUCUGAGAAAAAUAGAUCCUCUGUUUUCAUGUAAAAUUUUUAUUUCCAACCUUUGUUGAGUAAAGGGUGUUACAACCCAAUAUUGGAAUUAGGGGGACAUUACUUUUUCGCCUAGAGGCAGGUCGUAUUCCCGUUUUAAUAAAAAUUUGUGAAAAUGUG